UUUAUUACAUGUUAAGAAAACGUCGUAUGUAAAGAAAUACAUAUUUUACCAUGUAAAGAAUUGUGCAAAAGUAAAAAAAAGUAUCAAAAGUCUGUCCAACACACUGCGUGGAGGGGAAAAGCAGGCGCUGGCGUCUUGCGGACAUCAGAGAGAGAGAGAGAGAGAGGAUUUGGGGAUGAAUUUACUGGACCUCAAUGAAGACAUCCUCAUCAGUAUUCUGCAAUUCCUGGAUGUGAAGGAGCUGGAGAAUGUCUGUCGUGUCUGUGAUAGGUUGGCCGAGUUGGUGGAUCGGUACUUCUUCUUCAGGAUGACACUGGAUCUUCUGAUGACAUGCCACAGGAAGACAGAUUCCCUGCACUGCCUCCGGACACAGGGUGAUGACAUCCCAUUCAGACGACGCUGGAAGUUGCACGAGAACUGGCGUCAGGGAAGGUAUGAGGAGAUAAUGUUCUUUCCUCAUCGUGUGCCAUAUUCUUCGCACAUUCAUCUGGAGCGGGAUUGGUUGUACAUGACACACGGUGGUCAGGUGAGAGUCCAUCGGAGGCGCAGCAAGGACUUUCUCAAGCGAUUCCCUGACAUGUCAUAUGGAAAUACACGAGAUCCCGACAUCACGGCCUUCACAAAGGCUGGAAGCAUCAUUUUUGCCGGCACCAUGUGUGGCACUGUGCUCCUGUAUGAUCCUCAACACUGUUCCGGAAUGAAUUUCAUCAGUCAGAAGAUUGCCUCAGUCAAGGAGUACCUGAAUUCGGUGGACUUUCGCAAUGACAUCUUCGUCACGACCACCAAUCAGUCGGCAAAGUUGUGGCGCAAGGAGAUAGAAUUGGGUUUUGUCCUCCUGGAGAGCACUUGUGACCUCCAGGAGGCGUUCAAGUGUGUGAAAAUCUCCCCUGACGGAGAUCACAUGGCCGCCGGACGGUAUCGUGAUCCUUGCUGUGCCCUCAAGCUCAUCGAUAUGGCGACAGGUGUUGUGCAGCAGCUCAAAUCCACCUCACAUGCUGUCUAUCACGUCCUCUGGCGUGAUCACACCACACUGCUCACCGCCAACUUCGAUUCCACCUUUCGCGUCUUCGACAUCCGCAGCAACAGCGACGUGCAGGUGUACGAGGAUCCGUACGACUCGUCAGUCUAUUGUCUGGACUUCGAUGAUCACUUUGGCGUGCUGUGCGGCAUGAAGCAUCACGGCAGGGUGAAUCUGUAUGACUUGCGUGUGACCAGGAAGUUCGUGCAGAUGUUCUAUCCAUCGCAGAUGAACUCCUACGGCUCUCCAGUCUAUGACAUCGUCAGCGAUGCCAGCCAGUUGUUCGUGGUGACAGACAGAAAUCUGCGCCUCUUCAACUUCGACGCCGACUGGGCGGCGUACAGAGACUACUCGAGUGUCUUCAACUUCGACCAGUGAUGGGAAAAUGUGUGAUUUCUAGAGGCAAUAUAGCAACGAAGAGAUGAGAAUAGAAUGAGAUAAUUUUAUUGCGAGAAUUGCUCAACUGAUUUUCCAUUCUUACGAUUUUCUUCUAUAUUCCAUAAAUCUAUUCCAUCUAUUCCUGGAAUAUUCUUUCAAAUAAUUACAAAAUAUUCCCUCCAACGCUGAUUUUCACAUUGUAAAGUGUCGCGGACAAUUUUUUUUUUCCAUUGGAAGUUAAGUUUAUUCACAGCAAUCUGCACCAAUUGUACAAUAAGCUUUGCGUUAGAUAUCAGAUAACAAAAAGACACAGUAGUCAGCUUCUGGAGCUGAAGACAUAAGGUGUAUGCUAGGGGUACGCAAGCUGAUUUUAAACGUGGCCGUAUUCCAAUAUUCCAAAUAUUCCUACAAUAUUCUAUUCCUGAUAUUCCUCAAAUAUUCCUAAAUU